CCCCAAAAACCCUAGCUUGCUCCCCCUCCUCCUCCCCCUCCCCCUCGCUGGAUUUCUGGUGUCGCGCAAAGCUAUCUCCUUCGUGGCCAAACUGCCCCUCCCCCUCCCCUGGAUUCUUGGUGUCGCGCAAAGCUAUCUCCUUCGUGGCCAAACUCUUAUGAGACAGAUGCGAUUAGAGAUAGCUGGGAAGGCAGCGACGGUAUCGCGGUGUACAGAAUUCCUAUCUUUCUCCUCUUGCCGCCCUUUUCCUACCGAAAGUUAAAUUCACAUCUUCCUUUUCGCGCGAAAGCCCAUCCCGGAUUCACUAAAUCCUGGAUUUAAGGCCGAAAUCCUUGAAAUCCGGAUUUCUCAAAUCUGCAGCUUUAUUUUGUCCAGAAGUCCUGGUUAAAUCCUGAUCUAAAUUCCUUACAAGACAGGUCCUUAAGAACCUGUAGGCUUUACGAAUGCGUUUUGUGCCGUUUGGUAGGAUUUAACAUGAAUCCUGUAUAAAUUUUGCUUAAACUGGUGGAGGAAGGCAAAACUGCUUUAUUAUUCAAUAAACCCCGACUCCCGCCAGGCAGUUAACGGCGCGCCUCCGCAAUUAACGGCGAUGGUACGGCUCCGGCGAUCAGCUAAGCACUGCCGCCUUCUCAGACGGCCUUUGUUUUCUUCCUUCUCUCGCGCUCUCUAUCUUACUCAGUUGGCCUCCGCAGGCAGAACUAAAGCGGCAGCACAGAGUGGACGUGCAGGUCUCAAACGCCCCUCGAAAAUCAAACCGGUGGAGUCAUCCGUUUCGUCGGACGAUGACGAUGAAGAAGAACAUCUGCAAGAAGGCACAAUCGUUGAAGCGGAUUUCGGAUUCUUUGACCCCAAGCCUGGGGAUUUCCAUGGUGUGAAGCUUCUGCUCCAAAAUUACCUUGAUGAAAAGGUGUGGGAUCUCAGUGGCUUCGUUGAUCUGAUUCUUGGGCAGACAACUGUCGGGACUGUUGUGAAACUGGAUGGGAAUGAUGAAGUUGAAGAAGGUGGCAAAGAAGAUUUGUACGCUGUCAUUAGUGCCCUUAACUUUGGGCGAUAUAGUGAGCAUCAAUGCAUGGGGGAGCUGAAGGAGUUUCUCUUCGGUGUUUGUGGUGAUGAGAGCGUGAAAAGGAAGCUGAAAGUGCUGCUGGAGCAGCAGGCAGACGAUGUGGGUCUUUUAGUUUCUCAGAGGUUUGUGAACUGCCCGCACCAGCUGGUGCCCCCACUAUAUGAUGCCCUCUUUGACGAGGUUUCUUGGGCAAUAGAAGAUGAGCCAACGAAGGAACUUAGAGACUCAUUCUGCUUCAAGUUCUACUUGCUGGUUACUAGAAUCUAUGAGAAUAAACAUGCCAACCAACUCAAUGCAAAAGAAAGGAAUAAUUCUGAAGAUCCAAUAAUCUACCUAAAGGUGGAAGAUGAAGUUUUCCAUGAGCUGAGUUCGUUUUCUUUUACAUUUCGUCUUCAUUCUUCACCGUUUGUUCCACCCGAGGUGAAGAAUUAUAGAGCAAUGGGUUUAGUCAUGGUCAUAAAUGCUGAUGUUGUUCCAAAAUUCCGUGAAAAUUUGAAGUCUCUUCUUGCUGAAAGCUAGAGCCUGAAAUAUCAUCAUGCACAAAAAGUUUCCUUUCAGGAGGCCAAAAUAAAAAAUUAAAAGAAAAAAAGACUGGAAAGCUACACGCUUAUGCCCAAGUCUGGUUCACUUGUUUUGCUCUAUUAACUUAUGUAAUUGCAUGUGUAGAUUACUUGAUUCUUAUGAGGGAAAAUUCCAACAUAUUUUUUAUUUUUAUUUUUUGAGCUUUUAAAUGCUGAAA